GUUGCGAUAGCGAUCACUGGGGACCCCACUGCAGCAACCGCUGCCAGUGUCAGAAUGAGGCUCUCUGCAACCCCAUCACGGGUGCCUGCGUCUGCGCAGAUGGGUACCGAGGAUGGCGCUGUGAAGAGCUCUGUGACCCUGGGAGCUACGGCAAGGGCUGCCAGUUUAAAUGCCAAUGUCACAAUGGAGCUACCUGCGACCAUAAAACAGGAGAAUGUCACUGUGCUCCUGGAUACACGGGGGUAUUGUGUGAAGAGCGCUGUCCCCCAGGCAGUCACGGAGCUCAGUGUGAAUUGCGCUGCCCUUGCCAGAACGGGGGAGUCUGCCACCACAUCACUGGAGAGUGCUCCUGUCCUCCUGGAUGGAUGGGACUGGUGUGUGCACAGCCAUGUCCUCCUGGAACAUUUGGAAUUAACUGCAGCCAGGACUGUCCAUGCCACAAUGGAGGACACUGUGAUCCCGUGACAGGAAAAUGUGUCUGUACAGCUGGCUAUAUAGGAGACAGGUGUCAAGAAGAGUGUCCUAUUGGGACAUACGGCUUUCAGUGCACACAAAGAUGUGACUGCCAAAAUGGUGCAAAAUGUUAUCAUGUAAAUGGAGCGUGUAUGUGUGACCCUGGAUUUAAAGGGAUUUAUUGCCAAGAAAGAAUGUGUCCAGAAGGGUUUUAUGGCCUCAAAUGCAACAAGAGAUGUCCUUGCAAUAUUACCAACACUCUCAGUUGCCAUCCAUUGUCUGGAGAAUGUAGCUGCAAAGUUGGCUGGGCUGGACUCUACUGCAAUGAAACCUGUCCCCCUGGAUACUACGGCGAAGGCUGCCAGCUGACCUGCCCUUGCCAGAACGGUGCAGAUUGUGACAGCAUCACAGGGAAGUGUAUGUGUGCACCGGGAUAUACGGGAGAUAAAUGCACCAUUACCUGCAUGGCAGGAACCUACGGUACCAAUUGCUCAUCGGUUUGUAACUGCAAAAAUGAUGGUGCAUGUUCCCCUGUGGAUGGUCUGUGCUAUUGCAAAGAAGGAUGGCAAGGAGUGGAUUGCUCUAUUCCAUGUUCAAGUGGAAGUUGGGGUCUUAACUGUAACCAGACAUGUUAUUGCACAAACGGAGCAGCCUGCAGGCCAGCUGAUGGCUCUUGUCUCUGCUCACCUGGAUGGCAAGGGGAGUACUGUGACCAGCCAUGUCCUGAUGGAACAUAUGGUCUUAAUUGCAGUGAACGUUGUGACUGUAGCCAUGCAGAUGGGUGCGAUCCUGUCACCGGUUACUGCUGCUGUCUUGCGGGCUGGACAGGCAUCCACUGUGACAAUAUAUGCACCCAGGGCCGCUGGGGACCAAACUGCUCCAUCUCCUGUAACUGCGAGAACGGGGGAUCCUGCUCCCCAGAGGAUGGCACCUGUGACUGUGCACCAGGAUACAGAGGACCCUUGUGCCAGAGAAUUUGUCCCCCUGGCUUUUAUGGACACCACUGCAGUCAGCCAUGCCCUCAGUGUGUGCACAGCAGCGGGCCUUGUCACCAUGUGUCAGGACACUGCGAUUGCUUGCCUGGAUUCUUUGGCACUCUCUGCAACCAAGUCUGUCCCAGUGGAAAAUACGGGAAGAACUGUGCCGAGGUCUGUCAGUGCACCGAGAACGGGACGUGCAAUCCUAUUGAUGGAUCGUGUCAGUGUUUUCCAGGCUGGAUAGGGAUGGACUGCUCUCAGACUUGUCCCACUGGUUUUUGGGGCCCUGAUUGCUUUCAUUCAUGCAACUGCCACAACGGAGCAAUGUGCAGCCCUUACGAUGGAGAAUGUAGAUGUACUCAUGGUUGGACGGGGCUCUACUGCACUCAGCGUUGCCCAGCUGCUUUUUAUGGAAAAAACUGUGCCAAUGUUUGUCAGUGUCAGAAUGGAGCAGACUGUGACCACAUCACUGGCCAGUGCACAUGCAGGACUGGAUUUACAGGCAAACAAUGUGAGCAAAAGUGCUCACCAGGAACGUUUGGUUAUGGUUGCAAACAACUAUGUGAAUGCAUGAAUAAUGCUACAUGUGACCAUGUCACAGGUACUUGCUACUGCAGUCCAGGCUUCAAAGGAAUCCGAUGUGAUCAAGCGGCUCUUAUGAUGGAAGAAUUAAACCCCUAUACUAAAAUUAGCCCAGCUCUUGGAUCAGAGAGGCACUCAGUGGGAGCAAUCAUUGGAAUUAUUAUUCUCCUUCUAAUUAUUAUGGUCUUGCUGGCACUGUUUGUGUGGUAUCGACGGAAACAGAAGGAGAAGGGCCAUGACAUGCCAAGUGUAUCUUAUACUCCAGCCAUGAGGAUGACUAAUACAGAUUACUCACUUUCUGAUAUAUCUCAAGGUAGCGGCAGUGUACAUUGUUUUUCCAAUCCAAGCUACCACACUCUCUCAUGUGGUGUGACUUCACGCUUCUUUACCAGUAAUCUGGAUGGAAACAGCUCCAGACCAUUCAUGGACAACACUAUUACUCAAUUCACCACUUUAGCAAUAGAUCUAGAUAUGGUAAAUG